AUGGUUAACCGCGGCGGAAGAAGUAAAGCUUGUAGAACCUGCAAGCGAAGGCGCGUUAAAUGCGACAAUGGAAAGCCACAUUGCCAGCGAUGCGAAAAGGCUGGUCUGAAUUGUGAGGGAUAUGUCACAUAUGAAGAAUUCGUUGAUGAGACAAAGAGAUUCUCUACAGGCAAACCUACAGUCAAAUCUGGGGAGCUUCAAUUGCAACUGGCUCACAAGCAACAACAAGUUUGUCGUCCGGUCCGUCCGCUCAUCAACGAGAAUGACAUAAUUCACGCUCAUCUCCUCUCGAAGAUCGAGGGAGUCAUACCAUUAAUGACCAACCUCGAAUCACUCCCCUCUUCUUCCUCAACACGAUCUCUUGCUAUACGGGCACUGGCAGCGGUGUACUUUGGCAAGACUAACUCUGACAAACGUAUCUUUGACUUGGGGACACGAGAAUACGUGAAGGCGUUGAAAAAGGUGCACACGGAUUUGUCGAGUUCAACAGCUGCCCUGGAGUGGGACACGUUGGUGAGCGUGCUUUGCCUGUGCAUGUUUGAGACUAUUGCUUUUACGGAUAAGAAUGGUUGGUUAAGACACUAUGAGGGAAUCUCUCAGCUGGUCAAGCUGAGGGGUCCGUGGAGGCAUCGGACACCUCUAGACAGAGAGCUUCUACGACAGUGUCGCUUCGAGAUUAUCGUAUGUGCACUGAUAAAACGCUGCCAUUGCUACCUUGAAAUGGCUGAUUGGCAAACCAUCCCCUGGCCAGCAGAUGUGCCAAAGACCUCCAGCGACACUCUCCACGAAAUAUUCGCCCGCGUUUCAGGUCAACUUCAUGACAUGGAUAUCUUGGAAAGAGGCGAAGUCGAUGAUGACUUUGCGGACCGCUUGCACCAGCGUGUUGAGACAACCCUUUCAGAUCUUGAAGACUGGGGACUGCUUUACCAUCAUCCCCGCCCUUUGUCAGGUUCGAUACCAAACAAUGAGGCCCAACACACUGUCAAAGACAAGGCAUUACUUGCGCUGCAAAGAGCCAUCAUUCUCUGCAUGUCAGACCUCUGCAUGAAUCUCAGAAUCCCUUUAGUGGCUGAGAUACCAGUCGCUUUUGAGGACCAACAGACCAUCAGAACGGCUAUUGCGAUUGAGAUAUGCCAACUGGCAAUUUCAAGUCUCGGUGAGGAGUCCACAGGGACAGAGCCGCUACUGUUCAUAUUUCCUCUACAGAUUGCAUGCAUGAACUUGCUAGCGGGAAGCGCUGAGCUGAAAAUGGCUGAAGAGGUAAUGAAUGAUGUUAUUGCUGGUACUCAUGGGUUUGAGAUUGGACGACGGCGAGAAUUGAGGUCGUGGAGGCUAGAUUGCUCUUGA